CGUUACCGGGGGGCGUCGACGAAAUGACGUCAUCUGCGCGGGACACAAGUUGGGAAUUUGCCCAGUCGGUAAAACUGUUAGCAAAGUGUGUUAUUGGGUCCCCAAACAAUGGUGUAGGGGUCUUGUGUGCUGACUGUAGGUUGCUGUGUUCGUGAGGAGGGAGACAUGGAGUGGGCAAGUCUCUGUCGCCCGACGAAGCCAUACUUCGCGGCUUCCGCCUACGCGGACGAGCGCGAGCGCUGCGGGAGGGAAACUCACCGCUCCCGGAAGCAUCGAUCGGAACCAGUCUUCCCUCCAGGUCCCACAUCAUGCUUUCGUCUGGAUUGCAUCGGAGAGUUUCAGCCUCCAUCGCUCGGAAUACCCUCCAUGUGCCUUCGUCGAAGGUCUCCUCGUGGUUGCCAGACGCGGAAAAACUUUUUAAUGCUCGGAUCCUACUGUGGUGACUCUUCUUCGGCAUUGUAAUGCCGGUGUGGUUUUCCCGUGGAUGCGUCGAAGCAGAACACAGCAUAGUAUCGACCCAAUGCCGAUACUGCCCUGGUAUCGACGACAUCGACAAUUGGAUCGAUGCUCCCACCUCUUGAGGAUUUGUUGUGGGUCAAGCAGGACUCUAUCAGUCCAUUGCCAUGUUCUUAGUGGCCUACAUCAUCAUCACAAUGACUGUCCUUUCUGUUUGUGCCAUCUCAACUAAUGGUGCUUUAGAUGCAGGAGGUGCCUACUACAUGAUCAGUCGAGCGCUGGGUCCAGAGUUUGGCGGCAGCAUUGGAAUCAUGUUCUUCUUUGCAAAUGUGUGCGGCAGUGCUCUUUAUGUUUUGGGUCUGGUUGAAGCCAUAAUUUCUGCUUUUGGCGUCCCAGAAGAGAGUGUAGCAGUUGUUGGAGGCUCUUAUCGGGUAUUGCCUUCCGGAUACUGGUGGUCUUUGCUCUACGGCACAAUCCUGCUCUUCAUUUGUUUCAUUGUCUGCUUGGUAGGGGCCCAUAUUUACGCCAAAGCCGCUUUUAUCAUUUUUCUUAUCGUCGCAACUGUCUUGGCAUCCAUCUUUAGCAGUUUUUACAUCGUGGGGCCCAGAGUAAUCACACUUCCAGAAACCUCUGCUAUAAACGGCUCCACCCACGCGACCGCCAACUAUACUGGCCUCCGACUCCAUACCUUGGAUGGCAACCUAUGGUGUACGUUUUUGCAUGGUUUUGAUGUUGACUGGCCUAGGUUUCCAUUAGCCAGUUACACUGUUGACUACACCACUGGGACAAUGAUGAGUUUUGCCACAGUGUUUGCAGUCAUGUUCAACGGUUGCACAGGAAUCAUGGCAGGAUCCAACAUGUCUGGUGACUUGAAAAACCCCAGCUAUUCCAUCCCCAGAGGAACCUUAGCCGCUGUUUUGACAACUUUCAUCACAUACAACCUGCUAGCUCUGCUGGCUGCAUCCUCUUGUGAACGUCGCCUUCUUCAAAGAGACUACAGCUUCAUGGGUGCCAUCAACAUUUGGCCGCCUCUUGUCACAGUCGGUAUUUACUCCUCGGCCAUGUCCGCUGCCAUGAGUAAUCUCAUAGGAGCCUCCAGAAUCCUGUACGCCCUCUCCAAAGACGACCUGUUUGGUGGUGUCCUGGCUCUAGCAAGGAAGACAUCCCCCAGUGGUAACCCCUGGGCCUCGGUGCUUGUCUCCUGGUUGCUUGUACAGAUGGUGCUGUUUGCUGGAAAAUUGAACACCAUUGCUGGCAUUGUGACCAUCUUCUUCUUGUUGGUGUAUGCUGCUGUGAACCUGGCUUGUUUGGCUUUGGAGUGGGCGUCAGCGCCAAACUUUAGGCCCUCAUUUCGAUGUUUCACGUGGCACACCUGCAUGCUGGGCAUUCUUGGCUGCUUGGUCAUGAUGUUCCUGAUCAGUGCCAUUUAUGCUUUUGCCAGCAUAGCAUUUAUGCUGCUGCUCCUAAUGGUGAUUCAUUACUUGGGCCCCAUCAGCAACUGGGGCUACAUUAGUCAAGCACUCAUCUUCCACCAGGUCCGCAAGUACCUCUUAAUGUUGGAUGUGCGUAAGGACCAUGUUAAGUUCUGGAGGCCUCAGGUUCUUCUAAUGGUGGCAAACCCUCGCAGCUGUGUUGGCCUGCUAACAUUCAUUAAUGACUUAAAGAAGAGUGGGCUCUACGUACUGGGUCAUGUGAAGCUAGGAUUACUUGAUGAGCUGCCGUCUGAUCCUUUACAGAGCCGGUACAAUUCAUGGUUGACCUUAGUAGACCAUCUGAAAAUUAAGGCAUUUGUUAACCUCACCCUAGCCGACUCCGUUCGACGUGGAGUCCAGAAUCUGCUGUUCAUCACAGGCUUCGGCGGAAUGAGGCCAAACACUCUUGUCUUAGGUUUCUAUGACAACUGCCCUCCUCAAGACCAACUCCAUGGCGAAAUGAUUCCGUCUCCUGGCAGUAGCUUUGAUUCAGUGUGCCCAAACAAACAGUCCGCUUUAUUCCCUAACAUACGUGAUGUUGAUGAACCCAAAGAUUUAGAGGAAGAGGAGUAUGUCUCCAUGAUUGCAGAUGCUGUCAAAAUGGGCAAAAAUGUGACACUGGCUCGAUAUUUUAGCCAGUUCAACCGGGAAGAAGUUUUAGGCUUAUCAAGAAAGGCUGGCCCUCACCAAGGCAUUGCGGGACCAUUUGUCGACGUUUGGCCCUUAAAUCUGCUCCGACCUGACAGCCGCAGCUAUGUGGAUAUCUGCUCUCUAUUUCUGCUGCAGCUGGCCUGUGUGCUGCAUGAAAGCCGUGCGUGGAGCCAAGCCAGCCUUCGCCUCUUCCUCUGUGUAGAAGAAGGCAUCAGUCUGCAGGAUGAGGAAGAGGCGAAGCUUCAAAAGAUGCUGAAGGAGCUCAGGAUAUCGGCACAGGUGCAGAUGGUGGCCUGGGACAAGGUGGUGGCACUACACUGGCUUAGCCAAAAAAGGGAGGGCAAGGUAGCAGAUGAGAACGGAGAUUGGACUGAAACAUACCCCAACAACGCUGCUCAGCUGACUGAUGAGUACAUCCACGCCGUCAACAAUUUUAUCCUACUACAAGGAGCACCCCAGCCUGCUGUGCGCUUCCUGUAUUUGCCACACCCGCCCGCGGAUACAAGCCGCUACCAGGCCUACUUGCACCAGGUGGACCUGCUGAGUCGAAACUUGGGGCCAACAAUGCUCGUUCAUGGAGUCACUCCUGUUGUUACAACUGAGAUUUAGAUUUUGUCACACUCAUGCAAUCAUCCUCAUUCUCUUUCACUAAUUGCACAUGGGGUACUUAACUUAUAGCAGAAUCUGCUCCACUACUUACAUUUAAUUUCACACUAAUUUAUCAAGACACCAAGGGGGAUUUGUCAAUACUAUUUAAUUUGAAAUGCUAAACAUUACAAUGCUUUUAAUAUGCAGUUUCCACUUAUCUUAGUAUUCUUUUGGUUAAUUUGUUUUGAAAUGCUUCACAAACACUGUAACAUGAACGUCUUGUGGUGACAUUUUUGCUAUUCAACAUGACUGAAAAAGAAGCAGAGCUUGUUUUAAUACUAUCUUUUUUCACAUUUUCCUAAUUUUUGCAAAACACAGAAUCUUGUAUGUAUUGACACUAUACGGUAUUACACUGAAUUGUGUUCAUAUCCUGUGUUUAAGAAUCACCAUUUUCUAAAUAAAGAGAAAAGAAUGAACAAUA